CGACAACAGGAUUAGCGAGCUCCACAAGCGAAGAGAGUCAAGAAACUACUAUCCCUUUGCGUGGAUCUUUUGCAGGAGAUGUUGGAAGAAGAAGAGGAAGUGGUUGCGCCGACGACGAGGUGAGCGGGUUGACGGAGGAGGAGGCAGCGCGCGCCGGCUUCGGGUGUCGUUGUCCCUGCUCGCCAGGUGCUCGUUGCUCCUCCAGACUGCAGCUAGCGUGACGAGAAACAUCUUCUUGAGACGAUAUCAGAAGGUUGUCGCUGACAUACUGCUGAGCAGAAAACCAGCACCCAUCGGCUUAGUACCUGUCUGCUCUGCUGUCUCAGCCUCUCAGGUUGCAAACCCCAUAUCCCAGAGCUCGACGCCACCCAUGUGGUUUUUCAACUUCAACCGAAAUGGCCCCUCUGGCUUCUCCGGCGCCUCCACCGCCGAGGAGGUCACCGCCGGCGUCGACGCCCGGGGCUUGGCCGCCGUCGUCACAGGCGCGUCGAGCGGCAUCGGGCUGGAGACGACGCGCGUGUUGGCGCUGCGCGGCGUGCGCGUCGUCAUGGCCGUGCGCAACGUCGCCGCCGGGCACAAGGCCCGCGAGGCGAUCCGGGCGGAGAUCCACGGCGCCAUAGUCCAUGUGCUGGAGAUGGACCUCAGCUCCAUGGAUUCGGUGAGGAGGUUUGCCUCCGAGUUUGACUCUCUGAACCUACCUCUCAACAUACUCAUCAAUAACGCUGGAAUCCUGUCCAAGGACUGCAUACGCUCCAUUGACGGCCUAGAAUUGCAUUUUGCAACUAAUCACAUUGGCCAUUUUCUUCUAACGAAUCUUUUACUGGAGAACAUGAAGAGCACAAGUAGGACAACUGGUGUCGAAGGAAGGAUCAUAAAUGUGUCGUCUUCGGGGCACAUUUUGACCUAUCCUGAAGGGAUAUGUUUCGAUAGUGUAAAAGAUCUUUCGAGAUUCUCCACUUAUAUUGCUUACGGCCAGUCCAAGCUUGCCAACAUUUUGCACUCUACCGAGCUUGCACGAAUUCUGAAGGGAGAUGGUGUGAACAUUUCAGCAAAUGCGAUCCAUCCCGGUUUUGUUGGAACCAACCUAUUCAAGAACUGGACUAUGGCUAAUGCUGUGGUGAACACCAUUGGAAGAAUCGUAUGUAAAACUGUAGAACAGGGUGCUGCAACGACAUGUUAUGUGGCAUUACAUCCUCAAGUUACUGGAAUAAGUGGGAAGUACUUCAGCAACUGCAAUUUAGAGACCCCAAGCUCACAGGCUUCAAAUGCAGAGUUGGCCAAGAAACUAUGGGAAUUUAGCUCCAACAUUGUGUCGGCUGCCAAACUGUAGUUUGAGUUAUUCAUAUAUGCAUGCGCUACAUUUUAUUUCGUGUAAGCCGAACAUAAAAUUUUCAUAGAAAGUCUACAAAUAAAGAGAGUGUAGUUCCUCCCAAGAAUCUUCUCUGUUAUACUCCAUUAAAAAAAGAAGUCUGUUUUGACUUUGAGUUGCCUAACUUCGCAUAAAAA